AUGACAGGAGGAGGGGGAACACAGGCCUACGAUCGUCUGUGCAAGAUCCGCCCUCUCUAUGACGAGAUUAGGACCGCGUGUAAAGCUCACUACCAUCCCCAACAACACAUUGCAGUGGAUGAAAGGAUGGUGAAAUCAAAAGCCCGCUCCAUCCUCCGCCAGUAUAUGAAAGACAAGCCCACUAAGUGGGGGUAUAAACUUUUUGUGCUGGCAGAUUCAUCAAACGGAUACACAUGGGACUUUUUUGUAUAUGAGGGGAGAAACAUGGCACUUCAAAAGGGGCUCAGCUAUGAUUCAGUCAUGAAUCUCGUGGACACGCGUGUGCUUGGCCAGGGCUAUAAGCUCUAUGUGGACAACUUCUAUACUAGCCCUACCCUGUUCAAGGACCUCCUGGCCGAGAAGGUAUGGGCUUGUGGAACAAUUAGAGAACAGCGAAUAGGCUACCCGAGAAGACGUCCAGGAGCUCUCACCUCUCAGUCACCACGUGGUACCAUCCGCUGGAUAAGAGAUGAUCCCGUUCUUUUUGUCCAGUGGAAGGACACGAGGGACGUCCGCUUGUGCUCCACAAUGCACACAGCCCACAACCCACAGACCACCGUUCAGAGGAGGGUCAGAGGGACAGAUGGCCGGUGGCAGCUGAAGUCCAUCCCUGCCCCACCAGCUGUCACUGAUUAUAACAAACAUAUGGGGGGAGUGGACCUCUCUGAUGCCAUGAUCGGGUUUUACAACACCGUUCACAAGACCAGGAAGUGGCACAGGACGUUCUUCUAUCACUUUCUGGACAUUGCCAUCGUGAACGCCUUUGUACUUCAUUCCUGUAUGGCAGCAGAGAGGCAUGAGACCCCCCUUACACAGAAGGCGUUCCGGGAGGCCCUGGUGUUGGAGCUGAAGGCAGCGGGGUCACCUUCAACUGGCCCUCCUCCAUCACCUGCUCCAGCUCCCCAAGGUGCACAUCACAAACUGAGGCACUACACGGAAGAUGGCACAGCAGGGAGGCGGAGGUGUGUGUGA